AGCUCCGCUGCUCUUUGAGGCGAGGUCUCAGGAAGGGCGGGAAAAUACUUGAGACCGGCAGAGCCCUCCGCAGAUGUGGAGGCAUGUCGGGCCUGCAGUGGGGAAGGCUGGAAGAGAAAAGUCUGCGUGGAGUCACACAGGAGAUGAAGAAGUGACAUUGGUCUUGUGGUCAGAAGAGUGGACUGGACGUUGAUGAGCCUCAAGUCCGUUUAGGUCGUCUCUACUUGUAUAGUUUCAAUGAGGACAGCUCUGCUUGCCCCCUGCUUGAGAUCCAAAGAAGAGAGACUUCUGCAAUCCUGGACAUGAAAUGGUAUAAUGUGCCACAUCCCGGUGGCCGGCCAUGCCCUCUUGGGUGUGGCAGAUGCUGGUGGGUCCAUAGAGCUACUCCGCUUGGUGGGAUCUGAGAAUGCUUACACACUGCAGCCAGUUUCCAGCUUUGCCCUGGAGAAGCAGUGUCUGGCCCUGUCUCUGGAUUGGUCCACCGGGAAAACUGAAAGGGCCAGUGACCAGCCCUUGAAAAUCAUUAGCAGCGACUCCAAGGGGCAGCUCCACCUGCUAAAGGUGAAUGAGGCGGGGCCGGCACUGCAGGAGGUGGCCACGUGGCAUGCCCAUCACUUUGAGGCCUGGAUUGCUGCCUUCAAUUACUGGCAGACAGAAAUCGUUUAUUCAGGUGGGGACGACGCCCUUCUGAAAGGCUGGGACACCAGGACACCGGGCACAUCUGUGUUCACUAGCGAGAGACACUCCAUGGGUGUAUGCAGCAUCCAGAGUAGUCCCCAUCGGGAGAACAUCUUGGCCACAGGAAGCUAUGAUGAGCAUGUUCUACUAUGGGACACUCGGAGCAUGAAGCAGCCAUUCGCAGACAUGCCCACGCAAGGCGGAGUGUGGAGGCUCAAGUGGCACCCUUUCCACCAUCACCUGCUCCUGGCAGCGUGCAUGCACAGUGGCUUUAAGAUCUUCAACUGCCAAAAGGCGAUAGAGAAGCAGGAAGCCUGCACAGUCUCUGUGUCCCAUACAUUGCCCAGCUCAUUGGUGUAUGGAGCUGACUGGUCCUGGCUCUACUUUGGCAAUCUGUCACAGACCCACCAGCCGUGCUGCUUAGAGGCCUUUCCCUACGGCAACGUAGGAGCCAAAGCCUCACAGCUCUACAGCCUGAAGGCUGUACAUCAGUCACCAGCAGCCUGUUCUCAUCAUCUAGCAGAGGAUGAGGAAGAGUGUCAUUCCAAACUUGAGAGCGGCAGUGGACCGAAGACGCCUCUCCAUCCACUCACAGAGGACAUGAUGAAGAGCGGCGGCUGGUGCCGUGCUGCAGGGCACAAGGGCUGGGACUGUGACCUCUCUCUGGAAGCAGCGAGCUUGGACAUUGACCUCCUAGCUACCUGCUCCUUUUAUGAUCACGUUCUUCAUCUCUGGAAAUGGGAGAGCAGCUGAGCUAGGGAAGAGUUUGGUUGAGGUCAUAAAGACCAUUUCCACAAAUAAAACCCAGAGUGUGACUCUAUGAGUGAACUGCCCUCAGACCAUCUCCUUGAGAGUCUUCCUGUACGCCACAGGUGACUGUAUAGGGCUCAGUGCACCUUAUGGGCUCUACAGGGUGAACAAAGAAGCUGUUGGCUUCCUAAAUAAACCUUAUCUGCUGGGGCAAAUGGUGACUCUGCCUGAUAGCAAGGAAUCUGCUAUUGUGGGAGUGGAAGGGUUUUGGUUCCCAGCUCAAACUUGUCAGUUUCUUGUGUGAAUUGAGACAUUCAGUUCUUUGUACUUAUGUAAAUUAGCUAAAUUAAAGUGUGUGUGUGUGUUUUUU